UGGGCUUACAAAGCCAACGUCGGGAAAUGCAUUUGUCGAAGAUUUCAACAUACAGACUGACAUGGAGAACAUAUAUAAUAACAUGGGUGUUUGUCCACAAAAUGAUAUGCUCUGGGAAAUGCUGACUGGCAGAGAACAUCUCCAGUUUUAUGGCCGACUAAAGAACCUCAAUGGUUCUAGUUUGGACCUUGCUGUUGAAGAAUCAUUGAGGAGUGUAAAUUUACUGCAUGGUGGUGCUCCUGAUAAACAAGUGAGGACGUACAGUGGCGGCAUGCAGAGGCGUCUUAGUGUCGCCAUCUCGCUGAUUGGAGAUGCUAAAGUCGUCUACAUGGAUGAACCUAGUACUGGACUAGAUCCUGCUUCAAGGAAGAGUCUCUGGUGUGCUGUGAAGCAAGCAAAGCAAGAUAGAGCAAUCAUUCUUACUAGUAAUCUUCAACAUAUAUCCAACCGUUCGCUCAUCGCCAGAUACGGAGGGUACUAUGUGCUAAGUGCUAACAAUCACGACAUCGUCGGAGUUCGAACGAGUGGUUCAGAAAUUGGUGCUGGAACUCUCGCCACGCGCAAGGAAGGUGUACCAUUUGUCUGGAACGCAGAAACACGAGCUGCCGAAGCAAGAGGUGAGGAUUGCAGACGUGUUCAGGGCCAUGGAAAAUUUGAAGAAGAAAGCGGAAGUCCAAGCAUGGGGCCUCGCUGA